AUCAGAUUUCCUUUCGUUCGUCUGUCUUUGCCGCCCAUCCAUCUCCCGAUCGCUGCCCUUGCCAGCUCACUCCCACCCUUCAGCUCCCGAAGAUGGCUGACGACUCGACUCCGAUCCCCAGCCAUCUCGCCCUCGGCAACCGGGUCCAAAUCAACGGCAUCGGUGCCACCAUCCGCUUCGUCGGGGCGACCGCCUUUGCGACCGGUCGAUGGGUCGGCCUGGAGCUCGAUGCCGAGACCGGCAAGAACGAUGGAUCGGUCCAGGGCAAGCGCUACUUUGAAUGCAAGCCUGGAUACGGCGUCUUUGUCCGUGCCAACCAGAUCCGUGCCCCGCACGACGACCAAAAUGCCGCAACCACCACCACCCCCGGUCGUCGGGCAUCGCUAUCGGCGAGGCUCAGCGUCGGCCCUGGCUCGCUGCCUCGCUCCUUUGCGCCCCCACCUGCUCCUCCGUCGUCCACUUCGCCGCCAAGCUCGUCGCCCAAGGUCGACUCGUCGCGCCCCGCAUCGCCCGCACGCACCCUCGGUCGCUCUGCUUCGGGCACACUGCCAAAGUCGACAUCAACCCCUGGUGCCCGCCUGAAAGGCUCGGCCAUGAGCCAGGCCCUUGCGCUGGCCAAUUCGCUCGCCGUUUCGUCCUCGACGUCGCCCUCCAUGCCGUCCUCGCUGCCGUUCGAUCCAUCGCUGGGUCCGUCCACCCCGACCCCAGCUGCGGGCCGGCCUCGACCCGUGUCGAUGUUUGGCCGUCUGCCCACCCGCCCGGCCGACCCCGAGACACCGGUGCCGCACGAGUCGCUCGAACUGGAGACCCCGAUUCCGAUCCCUGACAGUCCCGUAUCCGAUGAGGCGUUCCCGGACUAUUCGUCCUCGCAUAUCUCGCCCGGCAACCUGCCACACGUGUCCAACCCCUCGUUGGCCAGCAAUCCACCUGAUGCCACGGCGACCAGUCCUGCACCAGCACCCACUUCCGAACGGCAUGACCAGGCCGAGCUAGAUCCGACCCAGUCCGCUUCCGGGUCACACGAGUCGGUUUUGCAGAAGAUGGUGUCCAACCGCGAGGUCGAUGACCUCAAAAUCAAGCUUCGGAUCCUCGAGACCAAGCGAGCUGAGGACAAGGAGCGGCUCAAGGACAUCGAUCGUCUCCGAAGCGAGCUCGAGGCAUCGCUCGAGAUCCGAACCAAGCUGUCAAGCCGUCUCCAGGAAUCCCAGAACGACGUGCGGGACGCCAAGCGCCAGAUCCGCGAUAUCACUAACGAGCGCAAUCUCCUCGAGGAACAGCUCGUCGAGGCUCAGGAGGAGCUGGAGAUGAUGACCCUGGACAAGGAAAUGGCCGAAGAAAAGGCCGAUGCCUUGCAUGCCGAGGUCGAGGCGCUCCAGGGCAGAUGCGAAGAGCUCAUGGUCGACGUGGAGGUUCUCAAAGAAGAGGCCGAACUCAUCCGGAUCGAGUCGUCCGGCGGAAUCAGCGACAGUCCCUCAAGCCGCCCUGCACUAGAGUACCGCCAGCUCGAGCGGCAGAACGAGCGCCUGACCGUGGCGCUGAUCCGCCUCCGGGAUGUUACCACCGAGACCGAGUCCGAGCUGCGCCAUACCAUCGCGCUGUUGGAGAAGGAGAAUAUGCAUCUGGCUGAUCAGAAACUCAAGGAUGACCAGCUGAAGAAGCAGAUCGAGGAUUAUGAGCAGCAGGUUGAAGCCCUCAAGGAGGAGCUGGACGAGGCCCUGAGUGCCGAGGAGAUGAUUGUCUCUCUCACCGACAAGAACAUGGCGCUGCACGAGAAAAUCGAGCAAAUGAAGGUCGCCAUUUCGGACCUCGAGGACCUGAAGGCUGUGGCCGAUGAGCUUGAAGAGGGGCACGUCGAGACCGAGAAUCAGCUGCAGGAAGUCAUCGACUUCAAGGAUAUGGUCAUCAACGAGCUCAAGCGACGCUACGACGAACAACAAGAGUCCCUGAUUGACUAUGAAGGCACCAUUGUGCGCUUCCGCGAGCUUGUCAAGACCCUCCAGAGUGAGCUGGAAGAGCUGCGCGGUGGAUCGGCAGAUGACGAGGGCGACAAGCUCGUCGUGCAUUCUCAGGAGAUCCUCAGCCUCAACAUGCAGCUGCAGAGUACCGUCACCAAGGCCCAGACCAAGGCCAUCGACCUCGAGCUCAAAAAACUGGAUGCCCUCCAAGCAGCCACGCAUCUGCAGUUCGUCACGCGCUAUCUGCCCGAGUCGUUCUUCGACAACGAAGACGAUGCCAUCCAGUGCGAGCUGAUCUUCCAGCGCCUCAACUUCAAGGCCGACCUCGUCCAAAAGAUCCUCAAGGAGCGAUUCCAGAUUGGCUCGCAGUUCAACGACCCCCAGUCGCACAACGCUCACGCCACCGCCGACGGGCUGCUCUUUGGCGGUGUCAUCAACCGCAAGCUCAGCAAGGAUGGUGCCAAGGACGAGCAGGAGUGGGACCACCAGACAUACAUCUGCGAGAUGGUCCAGCGGCUUGUGUAUUACAACUCGAUCGUCAAGCGGUUUAUGUCGUAUCUGGAGUCCUGCAGUGUAGAUGAGUACCUCAAGAUCGGCAAGAUCCACCACGACCUGGUGGGCGCCGAGCGAAGACUGAACGGACUGGUCGAGCUCCUGAAACGCGACGAAGUUCGUGGAGUGCAUAUCCUCACCGACAUUGGAAAGUCCAUUAGCCAGAUGGAGCAUCUGUCCGAAACCCUGCUCGUCAGCGACUUUGGUGUGCGCUCGACCGUUGCCCAGAGCAUCAUCACCUCGUACCUGGAAGGCAUGGACAUUGGCUCGGAGCGCAUCGAUGCAGAGCUCGAGAAGCUCAGUGUCUGGUUCGAGAGGCACGAGGACGAGGAUAAUGACUUUGAAAGAAGCUUCCGCAGCAUCUCUGGCGACGUGCUGGAUAUCCUGCGCUCGGCCCUGACCCAGAACAAGGGCGCCAAGGCCCGUAUCCGCAAACUGAUCAAGCGAAUGAAGGAAAUCGUCGAUGCCAGCAGCAUCGUUCGAUACGACAUUUGCGAGUUCAUCCGAGAGAUCUACCAGGCGGUUGCUCGCACCGUGGACUAUUGCGCCGAGACCUCGCACAAGACUGUCUUCAUGAUCAAGACCAAGCGCGAGCACAAGACCAGCAUCAGCAUGAACGUAUUUGACCAGAUCUCGGCAUCCGCAUGCGAGCUCUUCCUCGGGCAGACCGAGGCAAUGCUCGGACAUGGGCUUUGCCAGAACCUUGACCGCCUGAACAUCAUGCUCGACAAGGUUGUCGAGGCUGUCGAAGACGGCAGCUACGUCGAGAAGGUGAACAAGAACGCCGAGCCGUGGAAGGCGCGCGCCGAGUUCAUCCGCAAGGAAUACAGCCUCAACACCGACCUCGAGAAGAAGAUCGAGUCGCUCAAUGGCGAAGUCAUUACUCUCCUCAAGGACAUCCACAUCAAGGACCAGAACAUCCAAGAGUCCAACAUCCGCAUCGAGUUCCUCGAGAAGCGCAUGGAGCAGUCCCAGAAGACGGCCGAAACCAUCGCCGCGCUCGAGGAAGAACUGUCCAUCGCCAAGACGCAGGAGGACGCCUACGAAGAGCUGAUCGAGGCUCUGCAUGGCGACAUUGAACACCUGGAGAUGGAGCAUCGCAAGCUGGCCAAGCGGCUGGAGCUCCAGCAACAGCAGUACCAGCAGCAACAGCAGCAGGAGCGGGCCUCGCCUCCCUCGAUCCGCAAGAUCAACACCGGCAUCGAGCUCGGUUCCGCCGGCGGUCCACCCAUGAGCCCGCUGCCCAUGACCCCCGGUGGUCCCGGACGCUCCGAGACGCCGAUCGUGCUCGAUGCAGCAACCAAGGAGGAGAUCCAGGCCCUCAAAUCGGCCCUCAAGUUUGUGCGAGCCGAGAAUGCCCGGCUCAAGGCCAGCAAGGUCCAGGUGGAUGCCGAGUUCCUGUUCGACCCGAACGAUGCCCUGAUGCGCUUCAGCAAGCCCCACAGCCAGGCCAACAACGGCUCGACCGGCAAGGACGCCGGCGACGGCCAAAAUGCCGGCCCCGGCGGCAGCGCCAUCUCGCCUCCCAAGGGCAGCAUGCCUGAUCUCGAGUCUUCGCUCCGAAACCUGCAGAGUGAGACACGAGCCUUCUUGGUGGAGGCGCAUCAGUUCGCAUCUGCACCCAAGGUCGUGGACGUGACCAAGCAGACGUCGGCCCUGGAGAUGAAAUGGAUCAGCUCGCGACACAACCCGGCCCACCAGCAGCAGACCAAGGUCGAGUCGACCAAGGAGCUGGUCAAGCGCGGCACCGAGCUGAAGGAGCGCAUCAAGCGUGUCAGUGAAGCCGCCCACCAGGGACAGCCCCAGGACAACCUUCUCGAACCGCUGACAAGCAAAAACCCACCCACACCUGUCCAGCCGCUGUUGCUCGGCCGGGUCCGCAUUCCCGCGCUUGCCUCGAUCAUCGAUCAGCAGAGCCCGUACUUUGGCCAGACCAAGGGCAGCCACCAGCUCACGCUCGGCAGCCGCAAGGAGUUUGAGAGACUGCACACCUGCUUCGUGUGAGAGCUCCAGCUGCUGUGUCGAUCGUCGGGAUGAAAUGGCAGCGGCGCAUCCGGUCAAGACCGUCUCAAGUCACCACGAGUUUUCAGUAUCUCCUUCCUCUUCUUUCUUCCUCAGCGUUCACAAAACGAAACGGGACGAG